CUUUGCGGGCGGGAUGUCACGUUUCAUUGGCGAAACGUAUACAGUUGAAAAGAGCGGUGGUAAAUGUGAAAUCGGCGGAUAAUGCGUGUUUUGGAUGGGCUAUGACUGCUGCACUUUAUCCAGCAGAAAAAAACAGCGAUCGCACAUCCUCUUACCCGCAUUAUUCAACGAUAUUCAACUUCCAAGGCAUCAACUUCCCUAUGACGUUGGACCAGAUUGGGAAAUUUGAGAAGAUGAAUAAUCUCUCAAUCAAUGUCUAUAGCGAGAAGGAGGAAGUCAUUCUACCAGUCCGCGUGAGCAAGGAGAAGAAAGAGCGACACUUCAACUUGCUUUACAUCGAAGACGUGUCGGGAUGUGGAAUUGGACACUUCGCGUGGAUCAAGAAUUUAUCCCGGCUCGUCAACUCACAGCUCAAUUCUGAUGGGCACAAGAAAUACAUCUGUGAUCGAUGCCUUCAUUACUUCCCAACCAUUGAUAAGCUGCAGUUCCAUGAGGUGGAUUGUGGCGUUAUCAACGAUUGUGCCGUUCGACUACCAGCUGAGAACGACAAAUGGUUGGAGUUUACCAAUGCCAAUCGGAAGGAGCGUCUCCCGUUCGUGGUAUACGCCGACCUCGAAUGCAUCUUGGAGAAGACCAGCGCUGAAGAAAGGGAGAAAAAUAAGAGCCAACAUCAUCGCGUCUUCAGCGUUGGAUAUUAUGUAAAGUGCUCCUACGAUGAUUCGCUUUCGGGAUACCACGAACGCCGAGGUGAGGACUGCGUGGAAUGGUUCGUAGAAGAACUUAAACAAUUAGCUUUGCGCGUAGAAAAGAUUCUUCUUACGAACAAAACUGUGUCGAUAAAGCGUCGUGUCACUUUUAAGAACGAUAUCGAUAACGUCAAGUCGUCAUCCUCAUUGUUACAAGUGAGGGUCCCACCAACCAAAAGAACACAACUAAAAGCAGCCGCUAGAAUGAAGUGUAAGAUCGUACCGGUGCACUACUUGGACAGUCCUCAUUUCAGUUUCAUAACAUGA